CCUACAGCGUCGUUGCGCUGGAGGGCUAUGACAACCGCAUCCUGCUGGUGGCCAAGACAGCAGAAACUUCCGGAAUCCUGCUGAACCAGAGGCCGUUAGGGAAUGUGGUAUGGGAGMGGAUCCCUGGGACAGAAUACUCCUGGGUUGGGUUAAAUCUGGGAAGCGGAUUUGGGAUCCAUCGUGUGGAGCACGCGACAGUGGCAUUUGGGGCGUGGAAUGUCGGGAUGGGACAGGGGAAGCGCUACGGAGCAGAGGGAGCCUGCAACAGUGACCCCUGCCGGCAGGCACAGUGCCGCCCCAAGGAGACCUGUCACCUGGACAAGGGUGCUCCCGCCUGCCGCCACGACUACCUGGGCACGUGCACGGGCUCCCCGUCCCUGCAGUACCACACCUUCGACGGGGCCUCCGUGUCCUCCCGCGGCGGCUGCAGGUACACCUUGGCCAGGUCCUGCGGGGCCGACCCCACCCUGGAGCCCUUCACC